AGCAGAUUGGAGGAAUGUGAUUGGUUGCUAAGAUUGCGGUCUAUCGAAAACCAUAACAGAACAGAGCACCACUCUCCUCUGCCAAUGCCAAUGGGGUUUCACUUCCAAUAACUGAAUCACCAGUUUCAGGAGGAGCCAUGGCGGCAACCGGCUCUAGAACCACACCACCACCAAAUUCAGGCUUCACACGCAACUGGGUCACUCACUCUUCCUCUUCUUAUAAACCACCUUUUGUCUGCGUCCUCAAAACGGCGUCGUCGGACGAAGCCAGAGUCACUCGCGGCCAUGACUCUUAUGCUCCCAGCUUACUCAGAAAGCCCGUCGUCAUACCCCACCCAAAAUUCUACAAAGAAGAAGAACAACACGAAGAAGAUAAAGAGAAAGAGAAAGAGAAAGAUGGGUCUGAUUCUGAUCAAUGGGUAGAUUGGGAAGAUCGGAUAUUAGAGGAGACUGUUCCUCUUGUUGGCUUUGUUCGAACCAUCAUUCACUCUGGAAAAUAUAAGAUUGGUGAUAAACUCAGUGAUGAGCAUGAGAAUGUAAUUCUUGAAAAGUUGCUUCCUUUUCAUCCAGAUUAUGAAACCAAGACUGGUUGUGGAGUUCAAUCCAUUAUGCUUGGGUUUCAUCCGGAGUUUAAGAGAACAAAAUGUUUGUUUGUUGUACGGAAAGAUGGGGAGUCUGUGGAUUUCUCAUAUUGGAAAUGUAUUAAGGGUUUGAUCAAAAAGAAGUACCCUUUGUUUGCUGAUGCUUUCAUUCUUAGACACUUUCGACCACGAAGGUCUAAGAAAUAGAUUUCAAAGAAAGAAAGAGAGAAGAAGAAAAAUGUUUGUUACCUUUGAAUUUGACCUAGACGAAGAAGCUUUUCACUACCAUGGUCACAAAAACAACUCAUGAUAUCUCAGAAAAGCUCACCCUUUUUUCCUUUUUUUUUUAACAAGACAUGAUCUGAGUUAGAGAGUUACUAGUACUACAUGGCUUUUGAUCAAAACCACUUUCAUUGUUAAAGGAAAGCCAUUUAUUUUUGGGUUUCAAAUUACUUCUUUUUUUUUCUUGUGGUGGUAACGAAGGUUUUCCACUUUUGAGAUCAGCAAUAUGUUUAGACUUGAUUGGAGAGUAUAUUUUAAUCCUAAAUUGUACUGCUUUUGUUUAGUUUUCAUGCAAGUACAAUUUUCAUUCUGAUAAAAA